GCACGGCCCCGCACAGCCCCGGCCCCGCAGCGGCUCGCGGGCUGCUCUCUCCGGUGGUCUCUGCCCCCGGGGCCGGGAGCCUCGGGACGGCGGCGAGCGCCGGCGGGCGCUGAUCCGGCGGUACCGGGCGGUACCGGGCGGUACCGGGCGGGCCCCCCCGGGAUGCCGCCAGCCCCCCGCCGAGCCCGGCCGGCGCCGCGCCUGCCCUGAACCAUGUGGGCGCGGGGUCCCCCCGAGCCCCGGCGGCGCUGCUGGCUCCGGGCGGUGCGGAGGCGGCUGCCGAUCCUGGGCUGGCUGCCCCGCUACUCGCCGGGCUGGCUGCAGCUCGACCUGAUCGCCGGCGUGACCGUGGGCCUCACGGUGGUGCCGCAGGCGCUGGCGUACGCCGAGGUGGCCGGCCUGCCCCCGCAGUACGGCCUCUAUUCCUCCUUCGUGGGCUGCUUUGUCUACUGCUUCCUGGGAACUGCCAAGGACGUGACGCUGGGUCCCACCGCCAUCAUGUCGCUGCUCGUCUCCUCUUACGCCUUCCAUGACCCUGUCUAUGCCGUGCUGCUCACCUUCCUGGCUGGCUGCAUCCAGCUGGCCAUGGGGCUCCUGCACCUUGGUUUCCUGCUGGACUUCAUCUCCUGCCCAGUCAUAAAAGGCUUCACAUCGGCUGCGUCCAUCACCAUUAGCUUCAACCAGGUCAAGAACAUCCUGGGCCUGCACGGGAUCCCUCGGCAGUUUUUCCUGCAGGUGUAUGAAACGCUGAGGAGGAUUGGGGAGACCAGGCCUGGGGACGCCAUCCUGGGUUUGGUCUGCCUGGCCAUGCUCGCAGGGCUGCGGGCAAUGAAGAGCCGCCUGCCCCCCACCGCCCACAUGGAGCCGCUGGCCACCAGGGCCAGCUACCUGAUCGUCUGGACCUGCGCCACCGCACGCAACGCCCUCGUGGUCCUGUUUGCUGGCCUGGUGGCUUACUGCUUCCAGCUGAGGGGCUCCCAGCCGCUGACGCUCACCGGCAGCAUCCCCCGCGGCCUCCCCCCCUGCCGGCUGCCGCCCUUCUCCAAGGCUGUGCCCAACGGCACCGUGCCCUUCGGGACGAUGGUGGAGGACAUGGGAGUCGGGCUGGCUGUGGUCCCACUCAUGGGCCUGGUGGAGACCGUUGCGAUUGCCAAGGCUUUUGCCUCGCAGAACGACUACAGGAUUGACCCCAACCAGGAGCUGCUGGCCAUGGGCUUUGCCAACGUCCUGGGCUCCUUCUUCUCAUCGUAUCCCGUCACAGGAAGCUUUGGCCGGACGGCGGUGAACGCACAGACGGGCGUCUGCACCCCGGCGGGGGGGCUGGUCACAGGCGCCCUGGUGCUGCUCUCGCUGGCGUACCUCACCUCGCUCUUCUACUACAUCCCCAAAGCGGCGCUGGCUGCCGUCAUCAUCUCUGCCGUGGUCCCCAUGUUCGACGCCGGGAUCUUCAGGACGCUCUGGAGGGUUAAGAGUGAGGGCACAAGCGGGGCGGCCGUGCCUCGGCUCUCCCUGCGAGCCACCGCGCUGCCCGGAUCCAUGAGGGCUGGACCUUGUCCCCCUCUGCGUGACGUUCCUGUUCUGCUUCUGGGAGGUGCAGUACGGCAUUGUGGCCGGGGUGCUGGUCUCAGGGAUCCUGCUGCUCUACUCCAUCGCCAGGCCCCCGCUGAAGGUGUCGGGGCAGGGCAUGCUGCUGGUGCAGCCGGGGAGCAGCCUGCACUUCCCAGCCAUCGAGCACCUCCGGGAUGUCAUCUGCAGCCGCGCUCUGUCAGCAGCACGCUCACCAUGCUCCAUCAUCCUGGACUGCCACCGCAUCAGCAGCAUCGAUUACACGGUGGUGGUGGGGCUGGCAGAGCUGCUGCAGGAGCUGCGCAAGCACGGCAUCUCGCUGGCCUUCUGCAGUCUGCAGGACCAGGUUCUCCGAGCCCUGCUGGCUGCAGACCUGGAAGGAUUCCGACAUUUCCCCAGCUGGGAGGAGGCAGAGCGGUGCAGCGGAGCGGAGCCGGGAGGCAGCGGGGCAGUCCCCUUCGACAGCACCAGCGCCAGCGAGAGCUCGCUGCUGCCCACGGGGCUCAUCCAGUGAGGCAGAGGAGCCGCGUGGGGCUUUCUCAGGACCACAUCUCCUUGCCCGAGCAGCUGUUCCCGAUGGCCCCAGAGGCUGCACGCCCUGUGCAGGCAGGGCAAUGCCCGGCAGUGUAGGGGAGAGACGGCAAAGGCGGGGGAGUGACCUGGAGGGUCCCUAUCGCUGCCACCGGGAGUCACCCCCCCCUCCAUUCCAGGCUGGCCCCAUCCUGGGAGCAGCUGCCUUUUUUAAAUCGGAUGUUUUAUUUUUGGAAACUUUUCUUACUCUGAUCCGUUUCGAGCUCUGACACAGAGCGUGCUCUUGUCACCAUGAGUUUCAAGGAUGCUGGAGCUGCCCUGCACGCCCAAGGCCGUGCUGCAGUUCUCAAGCUCAGGCUGCCAGGAAAAAAAAAAAAAAAAAGAACAACA